AUGGCUCUGUGGUACCCCAUGGCCACAGGCCUCAAGAAGGGCCACAAGGUCACUAAGGAUGUGAGCAAGCCUAGGCACAGCCACAGCCACCAGUGCCCGGCCAAGCAUACUAAGUUCAUGUGGGACAUGACCCGAGAGAUGUGCAGCUUCAUGCCGUACGAGUAGCGACAGAGUGCCAUGGAGCUUCUCAAAGUGUCCAAAGACAAGCAGGUCUUCAAGUUCAUCAACAAAAGGGUGGGGACACACAUCCAUGUCAAAAGGAAGAGAGAAUUGCUGAGCAGCAUCCUGUCAGCCAUGAAGAAAGCAGCAGCCAAGAAGAACUGAAUCCCUCCCCUCUGUAUGCAUU